GUCGACCUGUUAUUCGAGGGCAACUUAGCGAAAACGGAUUUCGAACACCAUCUAUUGGAUCUUUGGGAUCGUGUUUACAUGCACUUUUUCGUCGAACCAAAUGCCACGGAAAAUGUGGCCCAUAGGCAAGCCGCAAAAUCUACGUUUGUCUUCUUCGAUGCUUCUACACAUGGCUUUAACAAAAGCAUCGACGCUUCUCUGUUCAAUUUGUUUGGACGUCUCCGCAUGUUCGCUUCUUCGUUUGGAGGCUUUGAUUAUCGCGACGUAGUAGCCUACUUUCAUAAGAACAUUGGGACCAUCAUAAACGUGAUCGACCCCGUAUGGAGAGUCGUUAGUUACCAUGCUGGCUUUAUCACCACUUCUCUUAUGGGGACUGCCUCUCUUCUAUGCGCUGGUGGAUCGGUGGUUCUAAACUUCACAUUCUCUUUCCUCAUCUUCCUGUCGACACUGUUUUACCUCCUUGCGGCCAGCGAUUCAACUUACCUGCCGGUCGAGUUCAUCGCCUCCCUCACGCCACAGUCAGGCGAUGCGAGUCCCGCCGUCCUCUCUUUCUACACCUCCGCCGAAGCCGCCGUCACUAGUGUUGUCGUGACGACCCUAAAACGCACCGUGUUUUAUGGGAUGUACACGCUUCUUAUUCAUACACUAUUUGGACUGGAUGCUGUUGUGAUACCUUCCAUAAUCGCGACAAUUCUUGGCGCGAUCCCCUUGGUGGGAACGUACUGGGCAGUACUUCCAGGUGUAGUGGAACUUUUAUGUCUUCGUGGUUCCUAUUGGCUAGCUUUCCUUCUGCUGAUUCUCCACAUCCUUCCCUAUUCCUUCAUGGACACAGCUCUCUACAGUGAAAUAAAGGGAUCUGUUUGGCUUCGUUUGGGGUUGUCAGUGCACAGAGUGCUGACCUCCAAGCCCAAGCCCAAAGCUAACCAACAGCAGAUUGUCCAACCACCUUAUUCGGAGUUGCGCUUUGACGCCACCCUCCAGUCCAUUGGCCCCGCAAACGCGCCCACACACGCGCCACAAUGGCACACUUCAGCCGGCCAUCCUUAUCUUACUGGUCUCUCCAUAGCUGGGGGUUUGUACUACUUCGGGAUUGAAGGGGCGUUUGUUGGACCAAUGGUGCUCUGUUUUGUGUUGGUUGGUGUGAAUCUCUACCGUUGUCUGAUGCUAGAAUCCACAGAUAGAGCUCAAGUAACUCGCGAAACUGCUCUCAGGACAAGAGUUGCAAGCAUCGAUCGGUAUCGUUCUGUGAAUAAGCCAAGGCUGAAGCUUUAUGCGCAUCGUCGGAACAUCUACAGAAUAUCACCCAAAAAGCAGACCUCGCCAAUGCACGUCCAGAUUUUGAGGGCACGAAGUGAGGGUGCUGACUUCGGCAAAUGA